AUGUCCUCACCAAGAGCGCUAACAGCGCUCGCGCGUGCACGUCCAGCGACUUCGCUCCUCCAGACCGCCGCCCGCACAUCCUUCGCCUCCCAGCACGCCUUCUCCACCACCGCCGCUCGACCAGUAUCCGGCACCGGUGCGCCACCCCAGAACUUCCGCCUGCCUCGGCCGGACCGCUGGAAUGAGAACAAGCAGAGCAUCUGGGAUCAAGCGGGCCAGUACUUCCUCCUCACCGAGAUGCUGAGAGGGAUGUACGUGGUACUGGAGCAGUUCUUCCGGCCUCCUUACACGAUCUACUACCCCUUCGAAAAAGGUCCCAUCUCCCCCCGCUUCCGCGGCGAGCACGCCCUGCGCCGCUACCCUACAGGCGAAGAACGCUGCAUCGCGUGCAAACUCUGCGAAGCCAUCUGUCCCGCCCAAGCCAUUACCAUCGAAGCCGAAGAACGCGAGGACGGCUCCCGUCGCACAACGCGUUACGAUCUCGACAUGACCAAGUGCAUCUACUGCGGUCUCUGCCAGGAAAGUUGUCCCGUGGAUGCGAUUGUGGAGGGACCGAAUGCCGAGUAUGCGAUGGAGACGCGGGAGGAGUUGUUGUAUAACAAGGAGAAGUUGUUGGCGAAUGGGGAUAAGUGGGAGCCGGAGUUGGCGGCGGUGGCGAGGGCGGAUGCGCCGUACAGAUAG